GUUCCUAGCGGAAGUGGCGGGGGCGGUGCCAUGGCAAAAGAACUCCUCCCGGAGAUUCCCAAUUUGUGAUCCUCACAAUUGGCUCAGGGUUGUUUCGCAGUUCCUCCCAUAUUCUGCCUCCGAGAUCUGGGGCUGGCUGUGGGGUGAGUGCGCCUGGCCCUACCCCUACAGCCCCUGUGCUGUUUGAGGCGUGAAACUCACCUGAGGAAAUGCAUCUGAUCCAUUAGCAUGGAUUCAUAUUAUUUGGGGAUGGAGAAUCUUCAGCUGUGUUGAGUGUUACCUUCAGUUUCUGAGAUGACUUCUUUGCCAAGGAAAGGGCUGCAGGCAAGGGUUCUCAGCUCUGAAGAAGAGGAGAAACUGAAAAGAGACCAAACUUUGGUGUCUGAUUUUAAACAACACAAAUUGGAACAAGAGGCUCAGAAAAACUGGGAUCUUUUUUACAAAAGAAAUAGCACUAAUUUCUUCAAAGACAGACACUGGACCACCAGAGAGUUUGAGGAGCUAAGAUCAUGUAGAGAGUUUGAAGAUCAAAAGUUAACAAUACUUGAAGCUGGCUGUGGGGUUGGAAACUGUUUAUUCCCACUUUUAGAAGAAGAUCCGAAUAUCUUUGCCUAUGCCUGUGAUUUUUCUCCAAGAGCGGUUGAAUAUGUUAAGCAAAAUCCUUUAUAUGACACAGAAAGAUGCAAGGUAUUCCAGUGUGAUCUGACCAAAGAUGAUCUUCUGGAUCAUGUACCACCAGGAUCUGUGGAUGUUGUUAUGUUGAUAUUUGUGCUCUCAGCUGUUCAUCCUGAUAAGAUGCACCUUGUCUUAGAAAACAUUUACAAGAAUUCCUGGCUCAGCUCUUUAUGGACACAGGUUAUGAAGAAGUGGUAAACGAGUAUGUGUUUCGAGAGACGGUGAAUAAAAAAGAAGGCCUGUGUGUGCCGAGAGUUUUCCUUCAGAGCAAAUUUCUAAAGCCUCCUAAGAACCCAUCUCCUGUGAUCCUGGGCCUGGAUCAUAAGUCCUGACCUUUCAUGAGGUUGGCAUUCAUACCUCCCCUUGAAGAGGAUAAUUUAAAAUCACUCUUUUGGCUGGGCGUGGUGGCUCAUGCCUGUAAUCCCAGCACUUCAGGAGGCCAAGGUUGGGGGAUCACCUGAGGUCAGGAGUUCGAGACCAGCCUGACCAACAUAGUGAAACCCCAUCUCUACUAAAAAUACAAAAAAAUUAGCUGGGCAUGGUGGCAAGUGCCUGUAAUCCCAGCUACUCAGGAGGCUGAGGCAGGAGAAUCACUGGAACCCAAGAGGCGGAGGUUUGCAGUGAGCCGAGAUCAUGCCAUUGCACUCUAGCCUGGGCGACAAGGGUGAGACCAUGUUUCAUAAAUAAAUAAAAUCACUCUUUUUACUUUAUAUAUUUUUUGAGGCAGGAUCUUGUGGUACGCAGGUUGGAGUGCAGUGGUGUGAUCACAGCUGAUUGUAGCCUCGACCCCCCUGGGCUCAAGCAAUCUUCCUGCCUCAGCCUCCUGAGUAGCUAGGACUACAGGUGUGAGCCAUCAUGCCUGGCCCUUAAUUUUUUUUGAUGAGCAUGUACAGUAGUACCUCUUUAUCCAUGGUUUCAUUUACCACAGUUUCAAUUACCUGUUUUCAACUGCAGUCAGUUACUUUUCUUAAGAUAUUUUGAAAAUAUCUUAAGAAAUAAGAUAUUUUUAUUUUGGGAGGCCGAGGCCAGCAGAUCCCUUGAGCCCAGGAGUUCAAGACCAGUGUGGGCAACAUGGUGAAACCCUGUCUCUACAGAAAUACAAAAAUUAGCCAGAUGUGGUGGCAUGUGCCUAUAGUCCCAGCUAGGGUGGGAGGUUGGCUUGAGCCUGGAAGGUGGAGGUUGCAGUAAGUUGAGAUCACGCUACUGCACUCCAGCCUGGGCGACAGAGCAAACGUCUGUCUCAAAAAAAAAAAAAAAAAUUGGAAAGACAGAUCACAUUCACAUAACUUUUAUUACAGUAUAUUGUUAAAAUUGUUCUUUUUUUUUAGGGUUUGGUACCAUCUUGGUUUCAGGCAACCACUGGGGGUCUUGAAACAUACCACCCACAGUAAAGGGGGGGACUACUAUGUACCUUUUGUGUUAAAAAAUAGAAAGUGUGUGUGUGAGAGACAUGUAAAUAAAACUUCAAGGCCUGAAAAGUAGUGAGAGUUUUAUAGAAUAACAUAAUUUAGCCAUAUUGUUCACUGUAAAAUUCCACAAAGAAAAGCCGAAGGACCCUGUAGCACGUAAAGAGAUUCUUGUCAUUACUCAUGUGACUGUAAGUGUUCCUCCAGGCAACAUGUCAGACAACCAUGGAGUAAAAAUGAGGCCAAGUAGACUAAAAUAAGACACUCAUAUGUAUUUCUAGUCUAAAGGAUUGUUCUGUUUUCUUUUUCCAGUGUCAUAUUUGCCCAUUGGUCUCCCCUUUAGUUCAUUUACGUAUUUCUUCAAAACUAGUGUUCCACAAAUACCACUUUUGCUCUAUCUGUGCUCAAGAACCGUCCAUGGCUCCCUACCUGAUUGUUGAGACCCCUUAUCACUGGGCCAGUUGCUUAUCACACUAUUUGCCCUGGGAGACAGAAGGGAUGGUCAUCACCUGUCCUCCCUUCUGCCCCAUUUGUCCAGUGCUGUUUCUCUGAGAAGACGGCUGGUGUCUAGAGUUAGAAUUUCAGAGUUGAGAGGGGCUUUAGAAUGGACGUUCCAACUCCCUACUGGGAAAUGAGGAAGCAGUAGCAAGGGGUAAAUGAUGAGUCCAGAAUCACGUAGCUAGUGUUGUGAAAUAUGGGGAAAUCCCUAAAUUGGUCUGCUGACCUGUUUCCCAAUCAUUGCCUUUUAAUGACUUUUCCUUUAUGAAGUAAAAUCCAGGUGAUUUUGUUCUGCUCCCAAGAGUUAAGCCUGUAAGCCUUUCUGUGUGCCUUUCUGCAGAAAGCUGUUUGUGAGAACGCUGUCUUUGAGUACGUGACUGGGCUGCACAUGCAGCAGGCCUGGGCCCUUCAACUCCAAGCACAUCUGGAGGAGGGGCCCCAGGGUGAAGGGGCUGGAUGAUAGUCAUAGUGGUUCCGCACAAUCAGAAUAAAUCCUCCCGGCUCCUGAAGAGAAGAGGGGCAGGCAGCAGGGCCCAGUCUGUGCCUCUUGGGUGUUGUGAUUCUGCCAUCUGUCCUCAACUUCUUGGGAGGGGCUGAUGGAACUUGUAAAGAAGGUGGACCUAUAGGGGUCCUCAUGGGCCUUCUCCCAGUGAGAGUCCAGCCCUGUCCAGAAGCAGCCUCAGGCUCCCCACUUUCAGUCCAGUGCUCUCUCCCAAAGCCCCCUCCACCAAAUGAAUCCCACAGCCAGCUACAGCCCCCGUCGCUGCCCACUGCCCCCUCACGGAAGUCUGUUCACUUGUGUCUCUACUAGGUCUGACCAAUGUUUCUUGGAUUUUAGUGGCUAAGCUGGAUAAAGACAGGCCAUUUAAAGUAGAAAAGUGAGAGCCUGGGUGAUGUAGCAAGACCCCAUCUCUGUGCAAAAAUAAGAAAAUUAGCCGGGUGAGGUGGUAUAUGCCUGUAGUCCCAGCUACUCGGGAGACUGAGGUUGAAGGAUUGCAUGAGCCCAGGAGUUGGAGGCUGCAGCAAUCGAGUGAGCCAUUGUCACGCCACUGCACUACAGCCUGGGUGCAGAGCGAGACCCCGUGUCCAACUGGAAAAAAAAAAAAAAAGCAAAGAGCGGUGUAGUAUAGUAGGAUAAGCCUUUGCUUUUGUUAUCAGAAGUCAUUUGGAAUUUUGGCCUCAUUCCUUAACCUGUUUGAACCUCACAUUCUUCAUUUUUAUGAUGGGGAUAAUUACUAACUUAAAAGCGUUCAGAGGAUUAAAGGAAGUACAUACAUAUGGCACAUAAGUAUUUCCCUCAGUCUUCAUUUUUUGAACAUAGAAGUUUAA